AUGGUGAAUCUCGGAAAGCGCAUGCGCAGCUUUCAACCAUUAUUUCGGGUCCGACAUGGCGAGGGCGCAGCAAUCCUUCCACCUCCCCCGGCUCCCAGAUUGGCCCAGCUUUGCCUCCGAUAUCCUCUGAGGGCAUGGAACAAAGAGAUGCAGGCUGCAAGAGGAUUUAAAAAAGACCACCUACCACGAUUAAAAUACCACAAUCCUACCCUACCCAUCAAGGUGGAAGAUUCGACAGCUUUACAGCUCGAUCUGACUUUCGAAAGCAAUGACGAGAGCACGCUGAGUGCCUUAGAGAAACGCCAACUACCGGUCGAACCUGACACUAUCGAGUACCAGGAAUCGUGGUCAAAAGUAGAAUCAAAACCCCUACCAGCUGCAAAUGCGAAGGCUCCCUCAACGCCAUCACCCCCACAACCCAUCUUCAUGAGACGCGUCACACUCAAUUUGGCCCAGCAGCCCUCUCAGCGGAUAUGGAAGUGGUUUCAGAAGACCACCAAUUGCGAAGACUUCCCUGAAGAACCAGAAUGGACGGCACUGAUGAAACGAUUAGAAGAGUUUGCCAAGCAGUCAGAAAUCGACAGACAACUUGUCAAAGCCGGUCGUGACGCCGUGAAGAAACAGCAGGAAGAACUGAAGAAGGCAAGAGAGACAGCGGAGAGAAUAACCAACGAAGUAUAA